AUGAACCUAAAAUGCCCCACGCUAACCCAUUUUAGAUGGUAUAAAGAUGUUUUCUUGGCAAAAAUCAUGCUUCGAAAUGAUGCUAUUAAUUCAUUAUGGAAAGAAAAAUUUAUCAGCGGUUUGCCCCCUCUUUUCGCCGAAAGAAUUAGAAAUAGAAUUUCAUCACGUCAUGGAGGAACAAUUCCUUAUGAUCAAUAUACAUAUGGUGAUAUCAUAUCAGAAUGCACAAGUGAAGGCUUGUCAUUGUGUAAUGAUCUAAAUCUUAAAGCCCAACUUAAGAAACAGGGACUUAGAAGUAGAAAAGAAUUGGGUCAAUUUUGUGAUCAAUUUGCUUUUGAUAUACCAAAAAGACCAGCCCCCACAAAAAAUAAAAAGAUAUACACAGAAAACACUAAAACGUACAAAAGGAAAAAGAGGAAAAGGUUUAAAGGAGAACCUAAUAAAUUUGAAAGAAGAAAAUCUAAAAAGGUAUUUAAGGAUAUAGUUCGUAACAAUUGUGGUAAAAAAGGUCACUACGCAAAUAACUGUUGGUCUAAAAGAAAGAAUGAUUAUAAGAAAAAGAUCCAAGAACUACAAAUUGAUGAAGAUAUCAAAAGAAAAGUAUGUGAGCUAAUAGAAAACAGUGACGAUGAAUCCUCGACAGAUUACCCAGAUAGUGAGAGUCUUGAUAUCAUCUCAGAAAGUUCAGAUAGUAACACUGAUAAUAGUUAUGAGUGUGUAGAAUGUAGUAAUAAGAUUGAUUAUUACAAAUCCAUUCUAGAUAUGAAUGGUUUGAGCAUAAAUGUAAUAACUAAUGAACAAAAAUUCAUUCUAGAUCUAAUUGAGCAAAUAGAAGAACCUCAGAAAAAAUGUAAUGCACUAAAAAGACUUAUUGAAUAUGAAAAUCAGGAGAAAAUAAAAAUGAAAAAAUAG